AUGAGCGCAGCCCCCACAGUCCCCACUGGCACCCUGUACGGCCUCUGUGCCCUCGGCGCCACCAUCCGAAGCCGCACAAAGGCCACAAACUCCAGCACCAUCCCAAAACAAUACAAAAAAUUCUCCGCCGCCACAAUAUCGUCGAAACUCAUCCACGACAGCACGAAAACACCCGAGGCAGACAACAGGAUCCCGACUGUCGGGGUCCCGUGCCUCGACCGCCUGGCGAAGAGCUCCGGGAUCAUCCCGCGCUCGGCCAUCCCGAGCAGCUGGAACGAGUCCGAGCUCAUCUCCGUCACGAACAUGCCCACGUUGGCGGCGGCGGCCGCCGCCCGGACCCACCACCCGAGCCACGAGCCGGCGAUGGCCUCCGCCACAUCAGCGAAAUAUCCGUCGGUCCACAGCUCCCGCUGCAGGGGAACGGCGCCCGUCCCAGUCAGCAUACGCAAGGACGACAAAGACGAGGGCGUAAAACAGGGCCUUCGGGAGGGUCGUUUUUGGGUUUUUGACCUCGCCGGAUAUGGUGCUGACCGAGUCCCAGUAGUUGAGGUUCCAGAAGAGAGUGUUGAGGUACAGAUUCCAGUCGACGUGGCGAAUGUCUCCGGCUAG